CCCACCCCUAACCAGUGGGUACAUUUACUUUCUUGCAGGAGGGGCAGUAUCCCGGGCUUCCACAAAGCAGCCUGUUGUCACUUUGUCUACCACAGAAGCAGAAUUUGUAGCAGCUGCAUACUGUGUUGCUCAAGGGGUAUGGCUAAGACGAAUUCUCGCUGACAUUGGAUGAAAUUCAAGUGUGGAGAAAGGGACUGUCAUCAUGUGUGAUAACAACUCUACAAUCAAGCUGUCCAAGAACCCUGUUCUCCAUGGAAGAAGCAAGCACUUCGAUGUCAGAUUUCAUUUCUUAAGGGAGCUGGUCAGAGACGAAACUGUGGAGCUCAGGUAUUGUGGCACUAAGAAUCAAGUGGCUGAUAUAAUGACAAAGGGUCUGUCCUUGGAGGCAUUUUGCAUGCUGAGGGAGGAACUUGGUGUUUGUGAUGUUUCUGGAGCAGAAGACAAGUGAAGAGGGCAUGAAUGAUGAACUGAAGCUGGCUGCUGAGGUGAUUCAGUUCAGGGGAGGAUAUGUUGGAAAAAGUCCUGGUUGGACAAGGAUUCCACUCUACUCUCGGAUUCAAGGAUUUAGGCACCAAAUUUGAAGGUUGUUUACUGCUGGAGGAUACGGCGCCGUUUGAUCUAAGUUAAAUAAGCAAUACUGUGUUGUGCACUAUUGUAGGGUCAGUCUUUGUUUUUUGUUUUGUUGCAUUUUGGUCCUCGAUCAAUGAGUCAAAGCUGUUGAGCUUUUCUAGCUCAAGUAGUUUGAGUAGUUAGUAGUGUUAGCGAGUUUCCUGGUUAGUGGAACGUUGGAGAGCAGAGUGAGAGUUAGAGUCAAUCUCAAAUCCUAUAUGUACUUUGUUUCUCAAUUCAAUAAGACUCAUCAGAUUGCAUCCAUAAGUGUUUUACACCAUCUACACGUGAAAAGCUCUACUCCCCUUGAAUUCUUUACAUACUCCUGUCAACCCCAGACACAAAACAACAAAUUGAAACGAACUAUCAACGAAGCUCAAAUUUCUGUGGGCGGACAGGGGGUUCUUACCUCUUGGUAUUGAAACUCCAUGAAUGUAGUAUGUACGCCAAUCGUUCGACGAAAAGCCCACCCCAGGCGAGGGAAGGGGGAGCACCGAUUAGGAAGUUGGAGAUGCAACGACGAUUGCGAACUUAAUUGACCAUCCUUAUCAUCACCUUCUUCUUCGCUUUCUGCUUCAAUUAUUUCACGCUUUCGGGAUUCUUCAUAUAAAAGCGGUCAAGGAUGGCGGACGAAAGUAGCUUCCAGAAGAGAACACACAAAUUCGAUGCGAAACAGCUCCUUAGAAGCUGAACUACAACAUCACUGUUGUGGUGGAAGACGGUUUUAAUUUGGAAGCAUGGAAAACAAGGAAGUCACUCCAACGCUGAGCUUGUUGGACCCAUAGAGAUGAAAUGAUAGGCAUGCAUGGCCAGGGGCAACCAGCGGCUAGUGCAGUCAAGGCUGGGCCAAUGAUCGUGAGGAAGCGCUCUGAUGCUUCGUCCAGUUUGUAAGUGAUUGUGAGGCUGACUAGCGCAGAAGUGCAGAAGUUCACUCGAAAGGACACCUCUCCUUCAUCAUCGAUUUCCCUGCAACUGAUUCCAUUCUCCCUUGCGAACUGGUUAUUUUAAAACGAAUUAGAGAGACAGGAAUUAAUUGUGUGUGAAAACAUAAUUAAUUAAGAGAGAACUAUGUAAUUAUGUAUACAAACCUGGUAAGUAUACACAUUACUAAUUAUUGUUACUAAUUCCAAUAAUGUAGUAAGAACGUCGGAUAUAAUAACAAACCUCACAAAGCAUACCACAAUUAUUUCGAAAGCAUACCAGAAACCUCCUAAUGCAGACCUUAAAUUGUCUAAAACAUACCAGAAAUAUUUCUAAAGCACACAAAAAACCCCUAAUACAAACCACAAACACGGUAAAGCAAACAAAACACGUCCUAAUGCAGACCACAAAUAUAUUGAAACAAACCACAAACCUCACAAACCAAACCACGAAAAUUUUGAAAGCACACCAGAAACUUUUUAAUGCAAACAAGAAAACUCCUAAUGCAUACCACAAAUCUCCUAAAACAAACCACAAACCUCACAAAGCAAACCACAACAUUUGCGAAAGCACACUAGAAACCUCCUAAUGCAAACCACAAACACAGUAAAUCAAACCACAAAAAAGCAAACCAUAAACGUCCUAAUGCAAACCACAAAUAUAUUAAAACAAACCAAGAACAUCACAAUACAAACUACAAAGUUUU